UCCUACAAGUUACACCGCUUCGCUUUGUCCCUCACGGACGGUAUAUAGGAAACCCAAAUUCCAAGUACUGACUUUCGGCAGAUUCGGUUGGAUUUGAUCUAUCCGUUCGAUCCGCCGUCCGGACAAAACCUCUCCUCUCUCUACUCAGUCAAGUUCUCGUCAGCCUUAGAUAGCAUUGAGCUUCGGUCGCGUUUAAAUUUGAAUCUGGAUCGGAGCGAAUUUGAUUUUCUGUUUGUGCCGAUCAAUUAGGACUUUUGGCUGUUGAAAUGGCAUCAACAGCUGGAGCCACUGGAUGGUUGAGAGGAAGGGUGAAAGCUGUUCCUUCCGGGGAUAGCAUGGUGAUAAUGGGGAGUACCAAGGCUGACAUUCCGCCUGAGAAGACAAUCACUUUGUCAUCUCUUAUUGCUCCAAGAUUGGCUCGCAGAGGUGGUAUCGAUGAGCCAUUUGCAUGGGAAAGCAGAGAAUAUUUAAGGAAGCUUUGUAUUGGAAAGGAUGUUACUUUCAGAGUGGAUUAUACAGUCCCAUCGAUAGGGCGAGAAUUUGCCUCGGUUUUCCUUGGUGAUAAGAAUAUUGCAUUGAUGGUUGUUGCUGAAGGCUGGGCAAAGGUUAGGGAGCAGGGUCAACAGAAAGGAGAAGCUAGUCCAUUCUUAGCAGAACUGCUUCGUCUUGAGGAGCAAGCCAAGCAACAAGGGCUAGGACGUUGGAACAGGGCGCCAGGUGCUUCUGAGGAAUCCAUCAGGAAUUUACCUCCCUCAGCCAUUGGAGAUCCAAGUAACUUUGAUGCAAUGGGCCUUCUGGCUUCAAACAAGGGUAAGCCCAUGCAAGCUAUUGUAGAACAGACUCGUGAUGGAAGCACUCUUCGUGUGUACUUGCUUCCAGAAUUUCAAUUUGUUCAAGUGUUUGUUGCAGGAAUCCAGGCACCAUCGAUGGGAAGAAGGGGUGCAUCUGAAACUGUUGUUGGAACUGGUAUGGCCUCUGAUCAACUAAAUGGGGAAGCUUCUGGUGACCCUCAAGCACCAUUGACAUCAGCACAGAGACUUGCAGCCUCGUCAGAGUCAUCCAUUGAAGUGGCCCCAGAUCCAUUUGGAAGGGAAGCCAAACAUUUCACUGAUAUUCGUGUACUAAAUAGAGAUGUACGUGUUGUCCUGGAGGGUGUUGACAAAUUCAGCAACUUGAUUGGUUCAGUAUAUUACUCUGAUGGGGAAUCAGCAAAGGACUUGGCGCUGGAGCUCAUUGAAAAUGGUUUAGCUAAAUUUGUUGAAUGGAGUGCAAGCAUGAUGGAGGAUGAUGCAAAGCGGAAGCUGAAGUCUGCAGAGCUUCAAGCAAAGAAAACUCGGUUGAGGAUUUGGACAAAUUAUGUUCCUCCUGCUACAAACUCCAAGGCAAUUCAUGACCAGAAUUUCACAGGAAAGGUUGUAGAGGUUGUUAGUGGAGAUUGCAUCAUUGUAGCUGAUGAUUCUGUGCCCUAUGGUAGUCCCUUAGCAGAAAGGCGAGUCAAUCUCUCUAGUAUCAGGUGUCCCAAAAUGGGAAAUCCUCGUAGAGAUGAAAAACCUGCUCCCUAUGCCCGGGAAGCCAAGGAAUUUCUUCGAACACGUCUAAUUGGUCAUCAGGUGAAUGUUUCAAUGGAAUAUUCCAGAAAGGUUAGCAUGGCAGAUGGACCUGGUGGGGUAGCUGGUACUGCGGAUUCAAGGGUGAUGGAUUUUGGAUCAGUGUUCCUGGUAUCUCCAGUUAAGGGUGAAGGUGAAGAUGCAUCUGCACCUACUCCGCCUACUGGGAGCAGCCAGCAGGCAGGGGUAAAUAUUGCUGAGCUGGUGGUUGCUCGAGGCUUUGGUACAGUAAUCAGGCAUCGAGAUUUUGAGGAAAGAUCAAACUAUUAUGAUGCUCUUCUCUCUGCUGAAUCUCGUGCCAUUGCUGGGAAGAAGGGGAUGCAUUCUUCCAAGGACCCUCCAGUAAUGCACAUUGCAGACCUGAUAAUGGCUUCAGCCAAGAAAACCAAAGAUUUCUUGCCAUUUCUACAACGGAAAAGGAUGCCUGCUGUGGUGGAAUAUGUGUUCAGUGGUCAUCGGUUUAAACUGCUGAUUCCAAAGGAGACAUGCAGUAUAGCAUUCUCAUUUUCUGGUGUUAGGUGCCCUGGUCGUGAUGAGCCUUUCUCUGACGAAGCAAUUGCACUUAUGAGACGAAAGAUAAUGCAGAGGGAUGUUGAGAUUGAAGUUGAAACUGUUGAUAGAACUGGAACUUUCUUAGGAUCCUUGUGGGAGUCAAAGACUAAUAUGGCAGUGACACUUCUUGAAGCUGGUCUGGCGAAGCUUCAAACUUCCUUUGGCACUGAUAGGAUCCCAGAAGCUCACCUUCUUGCACAGGCCGAGCAGUCUGCUAAAAGGCAGAAAUUAAAAAUAUGGGAGAGCUUUGUUGAAGGAGAGGAAGUUUCCAAUGGGCCUGCUAGUGAAAGAAAACAGAAAGAGGAGCUUAAGGUAACUGUCACAGAAGUUUUGGGUGCAGGCAAGUUUUAUGUCCAGAUAGUUGGAGAUCAGAAAGUGGCCUCCAUUCAGCACCAGUUGACUUCUCUUAGCCUUCAUGAAGCUCCAGUAAUUGGUGCUUUCAAUCCUAAGAAGGGGGACAUAGUCCUUGCUCAAUUUAGCGCUGAUAAUUCAUGGAAUCGAGCAAUGGUUGUCAAUGCACCUCGGGGAGCAGUUGAAUCACCAAAGGACAAGUUUGAAGUGUUCUACAUUGACUAUGGAAAUCAAGAGUUUGUGACUUACAGUCAGCUUCGACCACUUGAUCCUUCAGUGUCCUCUGCUCCUGGCCUUGCUCAAUUAUGCAGUCUUGCUUACAUAAAGGUUCCAAGCUUGGAGGAGGAUUAUGGGCAAGAAGCAGCUGUACGUUUGAGUGACCUCACACUAAAUGGGCCAAUGGAAUUCAGGGCCAUAAUAGAGGAAAGGGAUACUUCUGGUGGGAAAGUGAAAGGGCAGGGGUCUGGGACUGUCAACAUGGUCACACUGGUUGAUGCAAAAAUGGACUGCAGUGUAAAUGCUGUCCUGCUGAAGGAAGGACUUGCUAGGAUGGAGAAAAGGAGAAGGUGGGAGCCCAAGGAAAGGCAAGCAAUGCUGGAUGAGUUGGAAAAGUUCCAGGCAGAAGCGCGAGAUAAGAGGCUGGCGAUGUGGGAAUAUGGCGACAUCCAGUCGGACGAGGAGGAUGCUGCUCCUUCAGCUAGAAAAGCUGGUGGUGGAAAGCGAUAGACGCAAGCAAACUCCAUGACCUCAGUAGGUUUUGCAGAAACAAAAUUUCCAGCUUAAGGAAGAGUUUAGCUUUAAACAGCAGGAGAAAACCUGGCAUCUGAAGUAACUCUAAAUUAGUUUGUUUUGCUUUGUACUCUUUUCUCUUAGUUACUCUUUAGAGAGAGAAAUUUAAGCUUGGAAGCGCGGCAACAAAUUUUUGAACUUUGUUUAUUUAUUUAAACUCUUAAUAAGGCAAACUCCGCCUUGUCUC